CAUGUCAUUCACCAGUGAUGUAUGCUAUCAUGAUGGGAAUGACAACGGACUAUUGGCUUUACUGAAGGGAUAUUCUGCGUUGAUUCCCCCAUUUCACCUUAAAUUUCCUCUCCGUUGUUCAUUUACUGACAUGCACGCUUUUCUUUUGCACCAAGUUUUGCUCGACCCGCACUUGGAGCAGUAUGCGCCUUCUGGGAGAUACCAGCAAGCAUUUUGGAAGUGGGCAAUUGAACACUUGGAACAAAUGGACAAAGACGACGAGGACGGCGAGAUCGACUCACGAAUUUAUGAUCGUUAUUUGUCGCUUAUGUCGGGUUCGAUCGAUCCUAGCGGUCCCCCACCCGACUCGUACAUGACAUAUUACUGGAAGCCUCCAAGCCCACUUGCACUUGGAUCUGCUGAUCGAAACAGUCACGAGACCAUCACAUUGCUCGAGUCUCGUACCACCAUCGAGAGCGGGACGACAGGACUGAGGACCUGGCGCGCAAGUUUUGUCCUUGCCAGUUAUCUCAUUGCAAAUGCCGAAAUGAUUCGUGAUCAAACGAUCCUCGAACUUGGCUGUGGGACCGGUUUUCUUGGGAUUGUCGUGGCGACAUUGCAACACAAAUUUAACGAGUCACAUCGUCAACCAUUACCUGCGGUAGUGUUGACAGAUGUUAAUGCCGGAGUACUUUCAAGAUGUCGCGACAAUGUCCAACUUCGUUGCAAUUUGUCCUCAAACCACCCAAAUAUCUACUUCUCCACUCUUGACUGGUUCGAUGCCCUUUCCCAACCGCUAAGCGAGAACGCGAUGACAACAUUUUUAUCCAAGGCGAGCGUGGGUGUUGUGAUUGGUGCUGAUAUAGUAUUUGACCCGAGUCUAGUCUCGCCUCUGGUCGCGACUUUGCGCCUUGCGCUUUCCUUCGAGAGUACUCGAAUGGCACUGGUGGCACUGACAGUGAGAAACGAGCGAACCCUUGCGUGUUUUUUGACAGAGGCUGUAAAAGAACUGUGUGUGGAGGAAGUUCCGCAUGCUUUCGCCUCAGCUACAAAUUUUGAUCUGGAUACCGCUGGAGUGGAUAUCGGUCUCGAUGUAAAGAUAUUCAAAUUCACACCCCGCAAUUAGGCGUCAUAAUCGAAUGUGUGUUGCAUUUCUACAACUGUUUCUACUCGAGAAUUAGGCAAAGGGAAAG